UAUAUAUAACCUAUGCACAGUGAUUUCAAGCUUACAACCAUUUUGGUCGAUAAUAUCGGCAACUGAACAAUAAAUUUCCUAGUUUCCUACGUCGACAUUCUACCUUCAUCUUCAUGGACAAAAAUCCUCAUUCAGAAAUUCAACUCCCUCCUGGAUUUAGAUUCCACCCUUCUGAUGAAGAACUCAUUGUUCACUAUCUAAGAAACAAAGUGACUUCAUCUCCUCUUCCUGCUUCAUUCAUAGCAGAAAUAAAUCUUUACAAGUACAAUCCGUGGGAGCUUCCAAGUAAGGCUUUGUUUGGUGAGGAAGAAUGGUAUUUCUUUACUCCAAGGGACAGAAAGUAUCCCAAAGGAUUGAGGCCUAAUAGAGCAGCUGGUGUAGGUUAUUGGAAAGCAACUGGAACUGACAAACCUAUUCUUACUUCAUGUGGGUUGAAAAGCAUUGGAGUGAAGAAAGCUCUUGUGUUCUAUAAGGGACGUCCACCAAAAGGAUCUAAAACUGAGUGGAUCAUGCAUGAAUAUAGGUUGCAUGAUUCGAUGAUCUCAAAUUCCAAUCAUAGUGGCUCUAUGAGACUAGAUGAGUGGGUGCUAUGUCGUGUUCGACAAAAAAUGGGCAGCCCAAGAAGCAGUUGGGAAGAUUCAAAUGAACUUAGCUAUGAAUCAACUAGUCAAUUUCAGCAAAUGACUGUGAACUCUAAUCCUGAACCAGUCAAAAACUAUGUACAGAAUGAAUAUCCAAUGUUACCUUAUAUUUUGGCUUCUAAGAGUGCUCUUCCUAAUUCCAUUGGUAUGACCUCAGACAAUGUAAAUAUACAAGCUUCAUCUUAUGAUGACGACUUAAACGUGAUAGGAGCACAGUUCUUAUCAGCUACAACUGAGGGAUUGUUUAAUAAACCACUGAAGAGAAAAGCUGUCGAAGAUAAUGUUGCCAUGGACUUUUAUGAUGUCCUCAAUAAAAGUUUAAGCAGAGAAGUUGAUGGUAGGAAGCAAAGUCUUGAAAAAGAUUUAAGCAAAGGAUAUAAUUUCUACAGCUUUGAUCAGUGGACUUCAAUUAUACAACCUCAAGAGCUUAAUAGCUUAACCUUCACUGGAUAUACAUAAGUAACUUAGGAGUACACUUACAUGGUUAUUUGUGUGCAUAUAUAGAACCUGUAGAGCUCAUGUGCUAGAUGGAAAGUUAAUUCUAUAUGUAAAUAAGGAAGAAUUGGUGUGCUGUGUGAUUAUUCUUUACAGGACAUAGUAGUAGUACAUAGCUGAAAGAAUAGGGUAUUAUUUCAAUAUGUGUAUAGGUAUAUGUGAGAUACAAUUUGAAGAAUAAAGGGCCAUCAUAG